GCUGUGUCCUCUCUAGUUGUUGUCGUUGAAUUAGACUAAAUAACAUUAUUUGAUUAGGUUUCAACAAAAACUUUGAUAGUAAUAUUGUCUAGUGUUUAAAGUAGGUUGGGAAUUUUCUUGUGAGUAAAAUUCCUAAUUUUGAUUGUUGAACAUCAUUCAACAUAUAAUGAAGACAUAAUUUAGAACUUGUUUUUUUAGUUAACCUUUCAGUGUUUUCACCAGGUUUGAAUUUGUUUGCGUUUUUCUCUUAAUUUGUGUGUUGAAGAUAGUCACGGAGACUAAAAAUUGAAAUAAAUAUGUCAACAGACUCAGAUGUACAUGUAAAAAAGGACAAAAUGUUCGACCCAACAUUUGGUCUCAAUUCCCAUAUGCUUGGUGUCAUUGUCGCUGUGAUUGCUGUUAUUAUAACUAUAAUUUUAUUUGUACUGUGGCAGCGCAGACAAAAUGCUCGAAGAGGUGUGUUAAUCAUGGGACUUUGCGAUGCUGGCAAAACUUUAGUAUUCUCUCGCCUGCUUUAUAGUCGCUAUGUCAAUUCUCACACAUCAAUUAAAGAAAAUGCUGGGGACUUCAUAGUAAAUAAUGGCUUCUUACGGGUUGUAGACAUUCCUGGACAUGAACGAGUUCGUGGAAAAUUCUUUGACCUGUACAAAGGCAUUGCGAGAGGCAUCAUCUUCGUCAUGGAUGCCACCACAGUACAAAAGGAAAUCAGGGAUGUCGCAGAGUUGUUGUAUACAGUUUUGACUGACCCGGUGAUCCUUGCUGCGGCUCCUAAACUGCUUCUGUUGUGCAACAAGCAAGACCAGACUCUGGCGAAGGGUUCUCAACCAAUCAAGGCUAUGCUGGAGAAGGAACUCAACGUAGUCCGUCGCACCAAGAGCAGUCAGCUGACAGGCACUGACGGCUCUACGACUCAAGCUACUCUGGGUAUCCCGGGUAAAGACUUUGAGUUCCACCACCUCGCCCCCAUCACUGUGGAGUUUGCCGAGGGUUGUGCCUUCAACACCACUCCAGAGACUACUGCCGAUCUCAAGGCCGUCCACAAGUGGAUUGCUUCCAUCGCUUAGAUCAUGACCUCACAUUUUUUUACUUUUUUUUUAUUUUGACAAAUAAAUGGUUUAUUUGGAACUGA